AUGGUCUUCGCACAAGCAGUCGCGCUGGCCCUACUGCUGGUGACUGAUUGUCACGUCGCCGCCACUCCUGUUAACAACAACACCACCACCCCGAACGCCUGCGCUUCCAUCAGCGCUCUCUACAACAAUAAUGCAUCGUACUUUCCGGUCGAUCUGGCCAGGGAUUGCUUACGCUCUGUCCCUCUGGAUCGGACUGGAGAUGCAUUGCAGCUUAAGGGGCUGCGGACGUUGCUCGAUUUCCAGGCUGAGAUAACGUACCUCCAGGACCCGCCGCAAGGCUACUACUACCCAGCCGUCGACAUCCUGGGCGGCCUCGAUGAGUUGGUGGCAAGGUUGAAUACAAGCUACUAUUCCACCGAGUAUGACUUGCAGAGCGACGUGUACAGCCUCGUCCGUGCUGCUCACGACACCCACCUAUUCUACGUGCCUGAUCUCAUCGGCCUCUUCACCUUUGUGCGCCUGGGCCCAGAUGGCAAUCCCUAUCAGAUCGUUUCUGUGUCCCCCGACGGCGUCAGCUUGCCGCACAUCUACGCUGUCUCUGACCAGGCGGCUCUCAUUGGCAAUGCGUCGCACUACACUCCCUCGCCCAUCACAUCCAUCGACGGGCAAGACGUCGAGACCUACCUCAACGGUAUCGCGACAUACGAGCCGCUCGGACUGGGAUUCGUCUUUCAAGAUCCGGACGCGGCGUACAACGCCUCAUUCCCUAAUAUCCCCAACCUCCUGGCGCAUGACGGCACGGCCGAGAUCGGGAACCUCUUCCCAAUCAACUACACCUAUCCGGACCGCAACACGACCGCCAUUACCUUCGCCAACGGCACGACCGAGCAGACGCCCAUCGUCGCGACCUCAUCGCAAAACUUCUCGUCCAUCACCAGCGGCGCCGACCUCUACGCUCUCUUCUGCAACGCCACCCUCGACCUCGCGCAGCUACAAGCCAGGAUCGCCGCCACUUCCUCUUCCUCUUCCUCGUCCAGCACCAAGCCGGUCACGACUCGCGUUCCCUACGCCCCAAUCCCUCUCAACGAGACCCCACCAGCGGACAAGCAGCUCCCCACGUAUCCGCGGCCACUCGCCAUCGCUUCUGACAAUAGCAUCGCUGGCUACUUCCCCAGCACGCCACCAGCCAACGACCUCGCCGUCCUGACCGUUCCCAACUUCGGUCCUGCCGAUGUCGUUGAAUUCGAGAACGUCGUGCGCCAGUUCCUGGCCACAGCGGCUGCGAACAACAAGACCAGGCUCCUGAUUGAUCUUCGAGGCAACGCCGGGGGAAUCGUGGCGGUGUGCUAUGAUCUGUUUCGGCAGUUAUUCCCCUCACAGACCCCGUACGGAACGACCAACGCACGGGCGAUACCGCUCUUGAACGACAUUGGGACAUCUGUCAGCGGGUACUUUGAUCGCAAUCAGAGCGCUGCGAUGGGACCCGAGGCGAUGGAACGGGGCUAUUACAACCCCUACAAUUAUCACCUCGAACUGACGGCCAACAACACCGCCUUCCCUUCUUGGGAUGCCCUCUUCGGCCCGCAUGUUGACGGCCGCUACGGCAACUUCACGUCCUUGCUGCGGUACAACUUGAGCGACGAAGCGUCGACCGCCUUUCCUGCCGCCGACGUCUACGGCUACGGCAACAACACAGCCCCACAACCCCAGACGUUCCAGCCUGCGGACAUUGUGCUCCUGCAGGACGGCACAUGCAGCUCAGCGUGUGCGCUAUUCACAGAGCUGGUGAAAUCUCAAGAGAACGUGCGCCAGGUGGUCGUCGGCGGUCGCCGGCAGACGGGUCCAAUGCAGGGAGUCGGCGGCACCAAGGGCGCGCAGCAAUUCUCCAUGUACAUUGUCGUCACAGGGUGGUACGCCGGGUAUAUCGAUGGCACGCCGAGUCAGCAAGCCUAUUGGAACCAAACGUAUGGAGGGCUCGAGGAUGGCUGGUUUGUUGAAACCACAGGCAAAGCGCUGGCGCGCGCGGCCAAUAUCCCCUCGGGCUUCAACGCCAGCCUGAACCUCCGCAAUAACAUCCGGGAGGCCGACUCGUCCCGCACGCCGUUGCAGUUUGUGUACGAAGCCGCCAACUGUCGCUUCUUCUACACGCCUGCCAUGUACGCGAGCCAGGAGGCCGUCUGGAACAAGGCGUAUGAACUGAUGUGGGCGAAUGGGACGUGCGUCGAGGGCUCGACGGGUCAUCCUUCCUCGCGGCCUGGAACAGGCCGAGCCAGAUCCCUUAUGCGAGUGGAGGAGACCGCGCUGUGGACAGAUCCUGGUUGUUGGCUGUGGCGCUUCUGA